UCCCCCUCUCAUUCCUCGCUCAAUCCCUUCAAACCCUUGCCUUCCAAUUGGGUUCCAAUAUUUUAAAGAUUUUUUUUCUCCUUUUUUUGUUAAUCGUCGCCGGGAGGUGGUAAUCGGAGGUACUUUGUCGGAUUCCGGCGGGCGCGUGGGUAUCACGUCCCUUUCAAUUUCAUGAUUUCAACACCACCUGAUAACGAUCAAUUCCACCUGUGCCGGUGCAAUUCAUGGCAUCCGCCGUCUUAGCUAGCCGGAAUGAAUCUAGCUGGGCUCAGUCUGGUGGUGCCGGCGGUGGAUUCAUGGGGAAAACCCCUUAUUCUCAUACACAUCUGAACCCUAACUCUAACCCUAACCCUAAGAAAAAGCAGAAGCAAUUCCAUCACGCAUCUAACGGUCGUCACAACGAUGAAUCGCCGGCCGUGACGCAAACCGCGUCAGAUGAUGCCUAUUCAUUUAAUCAACGGCCGAUUGAAUCAAGUACCAACGUUGACGGCCUCAAUCUUGGAGGAUAUAUGACCUACAACGUUGCCUCGUACAACAAAACCGAGCUCCAUGAGCUACGGAGUCGGCUGGUGGCGGAGCUGGAACAGAUCCGAAACCUCAAAGAUCGAAUUGAAUCGGGUCAAUUGAGCACCAGCAACCCCAGAUCUCACGGCAAGUCCAAGAAGUUAUCCGGAAAUAAACGGCCCACCCCAUCCGGAUCCAGUAAAGAUCCGAAAAAGCUCCCCAAUGGAGUUGAUAAUAGAAGUUUCGGUAAUCCGGGCGGUGGUGGUGUUAAGGGCAUAAUCGGAAUGGAAAAUAUGAUGAAGGAAUGUAGGCAAGUUUUGGGAAAGCUGAUGAAGCAUAAAAGUGGGUGGAUUUUCAAUACCCCUGUAGAUGCUGAAGCCUUGGGUCUUCAUGAUUACCACCAGAUUAUUAAGCGACCCAUGGAUUUGGGGACGGUUAAAUCCAAUUUGUCUAAUAAUUUUUACCCUACCCCCUUUGAAUUCGCAGCUGAUGUGAGGCUUACUUUCAAUAAUGCCCUUUUGUAUAACCCUAAAACAGAUCAAGUUCAUGGGUUUGCCGAGCAACUCCUGGCACGUUUUGAGGACAUGUUUAGACCGAUUCAGGAUAAAUUGAAUAAGCUUGAUGGCGGAACCGGCAGGAGGGAUUUUCAUGCCAUAGAUGAGUUGCAGGGGAGUUCUUGGAAUCACAUUCCUACACCGGAGAGAGUGAAGAAGCCCAAGCCUACUCCGGCCCCUCACAUUUCAAAGAAGCAGGAGCGAAUGAUGCAGAAUCAUUCGAGUGCUUCAACUCCCUCUUUGCCAGUGCAGCAGCCACCAGACAAUCCACCAGUGGUGCGGCAGCAGUCCCCGUUGUCAACUCCUUCCCCAGUGAGGGCACCACCAGCGGCAAAGCCUCAAUCAUCAGUUGCGGCUAAAGUGCCUCCUAUGGGAAAGCAACCAAAGCCGAGAGCGAAGGAUCCGAAUAAAAGAGAGAUGAGUAUGGAGGAGAAGCAUAAAUUAGGAGUUGGGCUGCAAAGUUUACCGCAAGAGAAGAUGCCGCAGUUAGUACAGAUUAUAAGGAAGAGGAAUGAGCAUUUAGCCCAAGAUGGCGAUGAGAUUGAGCUUGACAUUGAGGCCCUUGACACGGAGACUCUAUGGGAGCUUGAUCGGUUCGUGACCAAUUGGAAGAAGAUGGUUAGCAAAACUAAAAGGCAGGCGUUGAUCAACAAUUUGGGACAACCACCAUCCGCCAGUGCUGCAGCUUCUGCUGCUACAACAACAUCCGUUGCAGAGGCUGAUGGGCCUAGUACAAGCGAGAAAAAUGACUCCUUCAAAAAGCCCAAAAAGGGGGGUGAUGCUGGAGAUGAGGAUGAUGUAGAGAUAGAGGAUGAUGAACCAGCUACCCACUUUCCUCCUGUGGAAAUUGACAAGGAUGAAGGUGGUGGUGGUGGGCAGGAUCGUGAUAAUAAUGCUAGUAGUAGCUCCAGUAGUUCCAGCAGCUCGAGCAGCGAUUCCUCCUCUUCUAGUGAUUCUGAUUCAGGAAGUUCUUCAGGGAGUGACUCUGAUGCUGAUGAUGCACACUCUUGAGAUUUGUUGGUUCAAGCAUUGUCCUUUUUGUUUUUUGUGGUAUAGAGUCGGUGCCUCGAAUUGUCUCUUGAUGUUUUUGCACAUUUCGCUGAGCUGAGAAGGUUGAAGAACCUAUGUGCAGAGCUGUUACCACAUGGGCACUUACAGAGUUUGUCUCCUUGAGAGGAAGGGGAAUUUUAGUAUUUGGUGACAUAAAAGUUAAAGGCGUAGGGAUCAGAAUUUUAGGGAUUUUAGGAAUGAUGGUCCCUCUGUUAAUGAGAGUGAGAUAUGUAGAUAGUUGAGACAACACCUUUUGUACAGCAGUUCGUUACACUAAUACAUUUGAUUGUUUUCUGAAAGAACAUGACACAUUUCUUCUAUUGUUCAGUUCUAUCAACUUAACUCCCUUCCCUUUUA